AUGUCUCGCCAUCACCCCGAUUUGGUCAUGUGCCGUAAGCAGGCCGGCAUCGCCAUCGGACGCCUCUGCGACAAGUGCGACGGUAAGUGUCCCGUCUGCGACAGCUACGUCCGCCCAACCACUCUUGUUCGCAUCUGUGACGAGUGCUCGUUCGGCAACUUCCAAAACAAAUGCGUUGUCUGCGGAGGUGAAGGCAUCUCCGACGCCUUCUACUGCUUCGAAUGCACCCGCCUUGAGAAAGACCGCGACGGAUGUCCCAAGAUCAUCAACCUGGGUAGUUCCAGAACCGACCUCUUCUACCAGAAGAAAAAUUUCCGCAACCAGUGA